UUUCAUUGUAAUGUCUGUUCAUCAUGGUCGAAAAUAUGACAUUUUUGCUCAAUGUUACUUGACCGACGACAGUGUUCUGCUAGCUAAUGUUGGUUAGCUGGCACUGCGUUCUGUUCAGUAACGUUAGUGGCUGUAUAACUUGUCCUUCUUGUCAACCUCGAACCAACGCCAAAUUGUGUCAUUAUGUUGUAUGGUGUUCAUGUGUGGAGAUGGGUUGCUACAUUACAAAUAUAGUCGUGUACAGCAAAUUAUUUUAGUGUCAUUUCUCAGCAGUCUCUUUAUCUUACAGUAACUGUCACAGACUGAAAAUGUCUCACAAUGAUGAAGGAUAUGUGGUGCGGAUUCGAGGUUUACCAUGGUCAUGUACACAAGAAGAAGUUGCCUCCUUUUUCUCUGAUUGUGACAUUGUAGGGAAAGUGAACGGGGUAUGUUUCACUUACUCCAAAGAGGGAAGGCCUAGUGGAGAGGCCUUUGUCGAGCUGAAAACGGCAGAGGAUUUUAAGAAUGCGUUGGCUAAGGAUCGCAAAUACAUGGGCCAUCGGUAUAUUGAAGUGUUCAAGUCCAACCGCAGCGAGAUGGACUGGGUCCUGAAGCGCUGCGGGCCCACAGACUACGACAGCAGUAGUGGCUGCACGCUGCGUCUCCGAGGCCUGCCCUUUGGCUGCAGCAAGGAGGAGAUUGUGCAGUUCUUCGCAGGGUUGAAAAUCGUUCCAAAUGGGAUAACAUUGCCGAUGGACUACCAGGGGAGGAGCACAGGGGAAGCCUUCGUGCAGUUUGCCUCAAAGGAGAUAGCAGAAAAGGCACUGGGGAAACACAAGGAAAGAAUAGGGCACAGGUACAUCGAGAUAUUCAAGAGCAGCCGUAAUGAAAUCCGGGCGUACUAUGAGGUGCCCCGGAGGAUGAUGGGACAGCGUCCGGGCCCGUACGAUCGCCCUAUAAUGGGUCGCGGUGGGUUCUUUGGUCCCGGACCAGGGAGAGGUGGAGCAGGUCUGGACCAGAUGCGUAGUGGCAGUGUCUACAGUAGUGGUUAUGGAGGCUUUGACAACUACAAUGGCUUCAACAACUACUGUUUUGGCAAUGGCAUGUUUGAGGAGCGAGGAAGGGGAGAUCGAAGCCGAGCCAGCGGCAGCAGCCAUGGCUACGGUGGAGGGGGUGACUCUGGUUCAAGUUUCCACAGCGGACACUUUGUGCACAUGAGGGGCCUUCCAUUCCGAGCCACUGAGGCGGACAUCGCCAAUUUCUUUGCGCCCCUUCACCCCUUGCGCGUGCGCAUCGACGUGGGCCCCAACGGCAAGUCUACAGGGGAGGCCGACGUGGAAUUUGGAUCGCACGAGGAUGCAGUGUCAGCAAUGUCAAAGGACAAGAAUCACAUGCAGCACCGUUAUAUCGAGUUGUUUUUAAACUCAACUUCAAGUGGAGGAUCAGACAUGGGUCGUGGCGGUGGUUUCUACAACAGUUCCGGAAGCAUGGGCUCACGGAGCAGUGGGCUGAGGGGAAUGUUCUAGAGUUAGACUGUAUUUAGAGUUCCACCAUUUUCAACCCAAAGUUGGAAGAGUUGUUUUGUAUUUGGAUGUUUUCACAUGUUCAUAAAAAUGUACGUAGGAUAUUUUCCAGUCUCAAAGAAUGGAAUAAUGAAAAAGCUAUGUCUAUAUAAAUAUAUAAAUAUAUAUAUAUUUGGGCUCAUUACAUAGGUUAACCAGCUAUUGUAAAUUUUACUUAUUAAAAUUUUAUAUAAAUCCUUGUUGUUCAUGUCUUAUUGUUUCUGUGAUUUUUCAAAUGUUAUGCCAUAAUUGGACUGUGAGCCAGAUUAACUCUUUUAACUCAUGAUGAGAUAUCCCUUUACUGUAGUUCUAUACUGAUCAUUUUUGAAUAUACUGGAUAUAUGUUUGCUUGGACUGUGCAGUUGUCACUGGGUUUAGAUCUCUGAAUUUUUCAAUAAGAGCUGUCCCAGAGGCAUAAUAAAGACUAUGGCUAUAUUUUAUAACAUA